AAUGUUCAUGUUAACAAAUGAGUGCAUGGAUAAUGUUGCUUAUGUUUCUAGCAACGAUGGUGACAUACGCCUCUAAAUACCUUGUUAUAUUACCUUGUUAUCAAGAGGAUAGAAAACAGGUCAGCUCAAAAUGAUGCGACUGUGUAUCCCCGCGUGAUUUUAACAAUUGGCCGGCACCAUUUGAAACAAUAGACCGGGAUUGGUGAAGUUUAAAGUGACCGGAAAUGAAAGGAAAUUGCACGCCCAGCACUGUCGUCAACUUAAGAACUCGAUUUCCAAUUGUUUUUUGGAUUUUGAUGUUAUUGGUCAUUGUCAGUUUUAUUUAUUUCAUCUACUACAUACAACCAUCCGACGAAUUCCACAAUCAACAGCAGGUAGAGUUACGAUCGGCCCCAAAUUUAGAUGAGAGAAUCAACAUUUUAUCAGAAGAAAAACAGAUUUUAGAAGUCAAAAUGCAAGCUCACGAGGAAGAAAUGAAAAACAUGGCUAAGCUGAUUGAAAAUGAACGGCAAUUAAGUGUUACUUUAGGCGAGAAAAUCAAAUGGCUUGAGAAAGUCAUAGAAAACGGAGAAGAACAAUUAAUCCGACGUCUUGAAAAAGAAAUUCAAAUGCUCCAAGCGAACGAAACUGUCCACCAAGAAUUCUUCAAUUACUUUUCAAACGUUUCACGUCAGAUGGCCUAUCCCGGAGUGGAAUUCUACACGCGGUACAAUGUGGCUCGAUUAGGCAUGUUGCCAUUAGACGGAAUCGAACCGCUCAAACCGGAAUUCGGUCCAGUCAUCAACGACGUGCUGUCCUUCCAAUAUCCACUCACCGUCCCUCCUUGCCAAGAUGUCACCGGUGUCAAUCGCACUGUGUUUUUAGCCAUCAUUUCGGGUGCAGGCAAUUUCGAGAGGCGAAACACAUCGAGACACCUGUGGCCAAAACAUUUGAAAGCCGAACAAGACAAAGGCCUGAUGGGCGUCGUUGGAAUCGCCUUCGUUGUGGGCAAACCGGAUAAAGUAGAGACUCAAAAUCGGAUCGAAGAAGAGAGUCAAAAGUACGGCGAUAUUAUUCAAAUCGAAAUGGUCGAUACGUACAGGAAUUUGUCGCUGAAAGUGGCUGGACUUUUCAAUUGGCUGCACACCCGGAAUUGUUCCAAAGUGGAUUUCCUCUUCAAAGUGGAUGACGAUGUCUACGUCAACGUUCGCAAUCUUGUUCAAUUCGUCCAAUCUCAGCCCCGUCACGACGCCAAUCUAACCAUUUUUGGAAAUUCAGCUGGAAAUCUUUGGCCAGCACGAGGUGGUAAAUGGGGUCUGACGUACGAGGAAUGGCCGUGGGGAGAUUAUCCGCGUUAUUUCUUUGGACCGGGCGUGUUGUUCCCUGGCAAUACGAUCGUCCCGAUGUUGGCGUCGUUCCAAACGACGCCCAUGCUGCACAUCGACGAUCUCUACUACAGUGGCAUCUGCGUCGAAAGGGCCGGCAUCCGAAUUCGCUACUCUACCAAUUCAACCAGCGUCCACAAAAUGGGACAACCUGCAUUUCCGGCUGCGUGCGAUCUGCGACGAUUCAUUUCGUGGCUGACCGUUUCCAGCAACCACAUGAACAACUCACACUCCGUCACGGAAAAUUUCUACAGCAACAGGACGCAAUGCAUCGUUAUUGGGGACAAUAAUGAAACCAUUGCAACAAUCGAUUAUACUGAACCCGUUCAGUUUUAUUUCCUUCAGUGAAGAAUACAAAGAUCAGUAAAAGAAACAGCUGUCUGUUUUCAUUAUUUGUGAACAGGAGAUGGUUAUCAGCAGACAAUGUAUUGUUUAGUGGUAUGGGCACAGUUCAAACCUCGGUGCAUUCUGCUUGGAAAUUUGGUUAAUGAAACAACAACUUCUUGCGUCAGUAGUUAGAUGAAAUGGCAUGUUGAAACUAAGCAUGUUUUAAUUUAAAAUCGGACGUUUCUCUAGCAUUUGGGCAACGGAGAAAACCCCUGUGAAACAAAUGCGUCAUAAAUACCAUGCAAAUUAUUUCGUUUAGUCGCUAUUGCGACUUGUAUUCAUAACCAAAUUG